AAUGAGUGAAUGUUUAAUGUUCGGUAUGGAUUGUGAGGCGAGAUGUAUGACGUCAAUGACGGCUGACGAGGAGAAUAUUUGCUUUUUAGUCGGAACGAAUAAUAUUAAAAACGACAAAAAUCAGGUUAACAAGUUAUUCAUGGAUCCAGAAGCGUCUCGUCUAAUGUCAAAAACCUUCCGGCAUCCAGCUGGAGAAGUACGUGCAAUUGCUGCUCAUCCGACGAAGAGCACCAUUCUGGCCACGUGUACCGCUGAUUUCAGCAGUCUCGGCGGAACACAUUCGAUCACAAUAUGGAAUAUUGAAGAAGAUAAACGAACACUUGAAACAGUUUCUCGUCUACCAACUGAACAAGUGAUGUCAUGUCUAGAAUGGGAGCCAAAUUCGAUGAAAUGUGCAGCAAUGACGCCAUUUCGACCGGAAAUUCAACUUUUAAACAUGGAAAAUGGUCCGGAAAUUGUGCAAAACUUGAAAAUUCCGCUGGAAAACGAGGAAGAUGAGAUGUUCAGUGCCACGUGGAGCCCGCAUCAUGAUGGAAAUAUGUUGGGAGUAACUGGUGGAAGAACAGCAUGGUGCAUUGAUUGUCGGACUGAUAAUGAAUAUUUAAAAAUUCGAGAUGCACAUAUUCAUCGCACGAUUUCUAUGGAUUUUAAUCCGAAUUUACAGCAUGUAAUCGCAACAUGCGGGGACGAUGGUUACGUCAGAAUUUGGGAUACACGUUCCACGUCAUCAGCUCUGACGUCACUACAUCCCCAUGCUCACUGGGUUUGGAGUGUACGAUUUCAUCCGGUACACGAUCAAUUAUUGCUGACGGGCGGUUCAGACGCUUCUGUAGUACUUUCAUGUGCUCAAAGUGUUAGUAGUGAACAGCAGAUUGAAUUUCGAGAUGAUGAGGAAGAGGAAGAAGAUGAUGAUUUAGUGGAAAAACUACAAGAUGGACAAUUGGAACGAAUUGAUGAGCAUGAGGAUAGUGUAUACGCCUGCGCUUGGUCUUCAGCCGAUCCGUGGACAUUUGCCUCAUUAUCGUACGAUGGACGAAUGAUUGUCUCAAAUGUGUCACGAAAACACAAAUACGCUCUAAUGCAGCUUUAAUUUAUUGAUAUUCUGCAAUUUCUAUUAAUUUUUCAUGUAAAAAGUUAUAUUUAUUGCAUUAUUCCAUGGGAUUCUACGGGUUUUCGCUAUUUUCUCCUAAAAUUGUCCAAAUUUUUAUUGAUUUUUUCCUAUUUUCUCAGCUAAACCCGCUUUUUCUGUUCUUUCGGUGGAAAAAAUGACUCAUAACUACAAUUUCGUAAUAGCUUAUCAUUUUUCUUAUCACUAUAAAAUAUAUUUGCUUUA